AUGGGUGGGCUGUGGGUUGUCGUGCGGUGUCGCUGUGAUCGUGCUAUCUCGGGACUGUCAGCUGCCCACUUCAACCCCGAUUACCGUUUGCGGAUCCCCCAGGCUCUUCAUUUCCCUGCACACCGACCUGCGUCCAGUCGCCCCCCCCCCCAUCUUCCCCUAGGCAGAAAAACAGCGUUCCUGUGUGUGCAAGUGCAUCACGUGCUGGCAGUACCUUACGGAGAAGCUGCCGGAGUCAAGUCAAGGUUGGUAACGCGAACGAUGCCGCCAUUCGCGCACCGCGCCGCUGCCACGGCUGCCCUCCUCCUCUGCCCCCUCUCCUCCGCGUUCGUGCCUGCUUUGCCGAGCCCACACGAGCGGAGACCGUCCGCUGUUGGUCGCGGUCUUGUGGCGACAUCAACGCCGGUUGUAGCGCAGACGACAUCUCCUGCGUGCUCGACAAGGCCGAGAGCAAAGAGGGGCCUGCACGCCACGGAGUUGGGUGCGGCAGCGGAUCGAGGGGGCGGGGGAGAGGAGUGCGGCGAUGAGGGCAAGGGUGGCGAAGGGAAGCCUCCUCGCUCUGUGCUGGAGCGUCCAUGGGAUGUCGAGGUCGAUUUCCACGGCGAGAGGCGGGUGAUCACUGUCCAACCUGGCGACAGCAUUUUGGAGGCGGCGGAGAUGUCGGGCAUGAACCUGUCGUACGAGUGCAGGAGGGGGAACUGCAUCAGCUGCGCGGCCAGGGUUCAGAACGGGUCGUCGAGCCACUUCGAGAACUCGGCGGACAGAAUACCCGAAGACGGAGCUCCUGAUGGGUUCGUCCUCACCUGCAGCACCCAUCCUACCGGGCCCGGCGUCAAGCUGGAUCUGUCCGCGAACGCCGAGAUGUGGGACGCGUACUGCGCGCGAUUGGACGACAUUUCUACCCAAGACCUCUUGCGACAGACGUCUGCAGAGGUGAUGCGCAAGUACCGAGUGGAGCACCCCGACUACUUUCGCGAGGAGGUGGAGCGGCAGUUCAAGUGA